AUGAACGCGCUCCACGCCAUUCUAGCAGCGAGUUUGAUGGCCGUGGCCGUUUUUGCUUGCGACAUCGAGAUGCGACUGACGACGCAGACCUGGUACGACACCUACGUCCAGGUCACCUGGUUCAACGAAACUAAAAGCGACGUGUUAGUUUCGCUUUUUUGUAUUGUUCUUUUUCCUUUUCGAAAUUCUCAAUUUCCGCAUAUACUUUCGUCUCAUCAAACUUUUUAUCUGCAACUUUUUUUGACAUAUUUUGGACUCAAUUUGUGAUUCUAGGCUACCCUCUCUCAGCGGUUUUUCAAACUAGAAUAGAUUUUUGUUGAUCUUAUCAGAAAGGUAAUAAUUGGGGAAAAAAAAUUUUUUAAAAAAAGUUAAAAAAAUAUUACGUUGAAACCAGGCGUGUGCCGGAGCGCCGCAGUGUAUGAACACGACACACUAUACUUUACGGAAAAAUAUGAGCGGGCCGUCGCCAAAAAAACUCCGUGAAAGAUAAAAAACGAAAAAUUCUUACUUUGGCCUUAAUCUUCAAACUAUGAUUUGUCGGAAAAACUCGGAAAAACUUCGAAUUUUCAAGAAAAGAGUCAUUGAACGUUAGUGUGCAAAAACAUAAGUUUACAGAAACACGAGCAUUAAAAAUUAUUUUCAAUUCACAAAGCUUGGUUGUUUUUUUGAACAUGAUUCUCUCAAGUUAACCAGUUCAACUCUCUUGAAACGAUGUCGCAAAAGUUUGAAAAAUGAACAAAAAUUUUUGUAAACUCAGAGUUUCUUUAUAUGUUCCAGUAAACAUUGCAAAAUUUCAGAUACGAGUUCCACGAAGAUGGAAAAACGUUGAAAUUGCGCAUGAAAGGACUGAUCUGCAAUAUGAAGCCGACGAUUGUUGAGGUUCGUGAAAAAAACUCAAAUAACUGAGAGAUUGAAGAUAUCUGAAACUAACCUCCAUAUUUCGUGUUAAAUUGAGCAUUUAUCGAGUCAGCGGAGAUUGAAAAUGUCCCAAAAUGUUUUCUUAGGGACGCCAGAGUGGUCCCUAGAGCGGUUAGGGAAAAAAGCCCGGGUAGGGGACGAAAUAGUGCUCCAUAGUCUAUGAGGGCUAAAGGUGGCCUUAUAGAGGUAUAGGGUCUGACUUCUAAAGUGGUCCCUAUAUUAAUUUUUUCUAUGAUUUAAAAGAUAAAAAGACGAAUUAAAAAUUUACAUAUGGGCCAACAGCUUGUUUUAAGGAGAUCCCUGGAGGGGAACCUUCAUGUGCACCUAAGGUUCCACUCUAGGGAUCACUCUGACGCUCCCAAGUUUUAAAGGUUCCGUAUCUUAUAACUUCAGGACAUUUCUUAAAUUUUCACAAUUAUCAAAACUUUUCUUAGAGAGCGAUUAGUUUAAAUAACUUUUCUUAGUUCUCAAUAAUACAUCCCUCUCAAAAAUUAUUGGUUUAGGUCUUCAAAGAGUGCCCGACAACCGGAGUCAAACCGUACGCCAGAUCAUCGACGUUCCUCGAAGGCCUUGGAUUUAUGGAAUAUGUGGUCAGUAAAGCCAAUGCAAAGCUAGACUUGGUUACAGGAAAACCACGAAAGCACAAAAAAUGACAGAAAAAAAGUUGCGAAGUACUUAUAAAGUUCGUAAAGCUGAGAACAUCGCUUACGGACUAUAUGAAAACUUCUGGAUAUAUUCUUUACUUUGAAAUAGGUUGAAUUUUGGAGAUGUAUAACUGUGAAUCUUUUUGAUUUCAAAGUUUAAAAAAUUCACGUUCAUUAAAUUAAAAUUUUGCGCAGGUACUCAGGAACCUUUCUUUGUUGAUUCAAAUAAUCUUUGGCAAAAUUGAAAGCUUUAAAAUAGUGUUCAUUGUUAAAACUAAAAUUUUGCGCAGAAACACGAUAUCCGGAAUCUUUCUUUAGACUUUCCGUCAGUUAUCGAAAAAAUAGAAAGUUUGGAAAUUCCCACAAAGAAACCUUAGUUGGCUGUGUCUAAACCUCUACGGUUCACACUCUAUUUUACCUACCUUGUCGAGAUCUUUUGCUUUGAAAUUUACCUAAAUUUCGAAUUUUGACUCGAGCAAGCUCUGAAUGGAGUAUAGUGUCUUCCUGAUCAUUUUUCACUGGUAUUCGUUCAGAUUCUGAGCGACGGACUCUCCAUCGGAACCCGAACCGGCGUCCUGUGCAGUUGGGGCGAUUGUGGAGCGGCGCGUGGAUGA